AUGGAGGACCGCAAGCACUUGGAUGCUCUAAUUGCUAGAUCAUUCUAUUCUGGAGGGCUAUCUUUCAAUUUUGCAAGAAAUCCAUAUUUUCAACAAGCAAUUUCCUUUGCUUGUAACCGCAACUUGGCGGGUUAUAAAAUGCCUGAGUACAACAAGCUUAGAACUUCGCUUAUGAAGCAAGAAAGAGGUCACAUUGAGAUGCUAUUGCAGAGUUCAAAGAGCACAUGGCAGGAGAAGGGAGUGACAAUUUGCGCUGAUGGAUGGUCAGAUCCGCAGAGGCAACCACUCAUCAACUUUGUUGCUGUUUCUGAGAAGGCACCUAUGUUCUUGAGGGCUGAUAAUUGUGAAGGGCAAGUGAAGACAAAAGAAUACAUUGCUGAGAAGCUGAAGUCUGUUAUUGAAGAAGUGGAUCGUCAAAAUGUGGUACAAAUCAUCACAGACAAUGCUGCAAAUUGCAAAGGUGCGGGUCUCCUUAUAGAAGCUGAAUAUGAGAAUAUAUUCUGGACACCAUGUGUUGUGCAUACUCUCAAUCUUGCUUUGAAAAGUAUUUGUGAGCCAAAACUCCCAAAGAAUGAAGAGGAGGAAUUUGUUUGGAAACAACUUGAAUUUAUACAUGUUAUUAGAAGUGAAGCCCAAAUCAUCAAGAAUUUUAUAAUGAACCAUGGCAUGCGGCUUUCUAUGUUCAAUGAGUUUAGCCAUUUGAAGCUACUAGCUAUUGCUGAAACACGGUUUGCAUCAGUUGUGUGUAUGUUGAAACAGAUGGUGGAGGUAAAAAUGCCUCUUAAGCAAAUAGUAAUUAGUGAGGCAUGGGACAUUUACAAAGAUGAUGCUCAAACAGCAGCUCUUGUCUAUGAUAAGGUAUUGAGUGAGGUUUGGUGGAGGAAUGUGGAGUGUAUACUUAAGAUUACUACUCUUAUCUAUGAGAUGAUAUGUGUGGCGGACACUAACCAUGUCUUCACUUGA